UUCCUUCAGCUCGCUGCACAGGUCCUAGAAGAGAAAGGCAUUGGUUUUGGAUUAGUGGAUUCCAAGAAAGAUGCCAAACUUGCCAAAAAGCUGGGUCUGGAUGAAGAAGGGAGCCUGUACAUCUUUAAGGAGGAUCACAUCAUCGAGUUUGAUGGGCAAAUGGCUGCAGACGUCUUGGUUGAAUUCCUCCUAGAUCUGAUGGAAGACCCAGUGGAGAUCAUCAACAGCAAAUUGGAGCUGCAGGCCUUUGACCACAUGGAAGAAGAGACCAAACUCAUUGGCUACUUCAAAGGAGAAGACUCAGAACAUUACAAAGCAUUUGAGGAGGCAGCGGAACACUUCCAGCCCUACGUCAAGUUCUUUGCCACCUUUGACAAAGGGGUUGCAAAGAAACUGGGCCUGAAGCUAAAUGAGGUGGAUUUCUAUGAGCCUUUUAUGGAUGAACCAGUCCAUGUCCCUGACAAGCCAUAUACAGAAGAAGAACUGGUUGAUUUUGUGAAUGAGCACAGAAGAGCCACACUGCGCAAGCUGCGCCCAGAAGAUAUGUUUGAGACCUGGGUAAGUGAAAUAAAUUGGGAGCACUGGGAGCUGUAGGGAUGGGGAUAUUUUCGUG